AUGUGGAGUUGGUCUCAAGAACAUGCACUUGGCCAAGUUCUUCUCUUACCGCAUGGAGUCUACAAGGAGCUCACUUGUGAGUUCUUGGCUUCAAUGAGGUACCACAGUACAAGAGCGAUCGAGCUGAGUUGGACCAAGGAUUGGGAUGGAUCACGAACCAAGUGGAACAUCAAGGAAGAAGAACUCCAAAGAGUUUGGGCUACAAUCGCUGAUGAGUGUACUCUUCCUCAAGGUCCAAGGCUGCUCAGAUCAGGAGCCCAGUGCUUAGAUAUGUGCACAAGGCUCUUGCCAACACCUUCUUUGCAAGGAAGGCACUGGACAAUCAAUGAGGGAGAAGUGAAGCUCCUUGACAUGGGAAUCAAGCCCAUCAUCUCACGCACAAGGAUGGGCAAGAUCAGGGGAGAUAGGACACGCAGGGAACUCAUGCCUCUCCUUGACCAGCUCCACCUACAAGUCACAGCUUACAACACUAGGCACCAAAGAGGAAGAAAGCUUAGUGUUGGAGGGUCAUCACACCUAUCUUGUGUGCAGCUGGAGUCCAUGGACAAGAGAAGUCUACUCCAGCAGCUUCUCCUGCCCAACCCUGAGCUCACCACAGUUAGGGGUGAGAACAUUGACUUCAGACCCCCUGUGUACACAUUAGUUGGGCAUGAAGGGAUUUGCGAAGAAGAGAUGAGCUCGAUCGAGCUGAGGAUCGAGCUGAGAUCGAGCUGA